AUGUCCGCCAACGUGGAGAAGGUCGCCGACGCCGCCACCGCCGCCGUCAACGACGUUACCAAUACUCUGGCCAACACUUCGAUCUCUGGCAAGGCCGACGAGAACAAGCCGGCUGCUAACAACGAGCCCGCCGACCAUGCCAGUGCCUCCGAGGGUCGCCGCCUGUACAUCGGCAACCUGGCCUAUGCGACAACGGAGGGGGAGUUGAAGGACUUCUUCAAGGGCUACCUUGUCGAGUCCGUUUCUAUCCCGAAGAACCCUCGUACCGACCGCCCUGUCGGUUAUGCCUUCGUCGACCUCUCGACUCCCAGCGAGGCUGAGCGUGCCAUCGCUGAGCUGUCGGGCAAGGAGAUCCUGAACCGCAAGGUCUCUGUUCAGCUUGCCCGGAAGCCCGAGACGAACGAGAAGGCCGAGGGUGCCAAUGCUGAGGGCACUGCUGACAACACGCGUCGGCGCCAGAACGCUCGCGGCCGCGGCCGCCCUGGCCGUGGUCGUGGUGGCCGUGCUCGCGGUGGUCGUGCCGCGGGUGGCAAGCCCGCCAAGAAGGAGGAUUCUGGUGCCGCCGCUGCUGGGAAUGCCGCGGCCCAGCCUCAGUCUGAGCCUCUGAAGGAUGUCACUAAUGAGGCCUCCACUGGCAAGGAGAGCACAAAGCCCGCAAAGUCACAGCCCCGCCCCCGCGAGCGCCGGGAGCGUGGUCCCCCGGCUGACGGCAUCCCUUCCAAAACCAAGGUCAUGGUUGCUAACCUUCCCUAUGACCUGACUGAGGACAAGCUGAAGGAAUUGUUCAAGGAUUACCAGCCUGUCUCUGCCAAGAUCGCCUUGCGCCCGAUCCCCCGCUUCAUGAUCAAGAAGCUCCAGGCUCGCGGUGAGCCUCGCAAGGGUCGUGGCUUCGGAUUUGUCACACUGGCUUCGGAGGAGAUGCAGCAGAAGGCUGUUGCCGAGAUGAACGGCAAAGUCAUUGAGGGUCGUGAGAUCGCCGUCAAGGUUGCUAUUGACAGCCCUGACAAGGCUGAAGACAACACCAAGGCUCCUGAGGCCGCGGCCACCAACGGGACGGAGAACGUUGCUCCUGCCGCUGCUGAGGCUACGACCACCACUGCCUCGGCUUAA